AUGGAAGACGUCGUCCACGAGCUCAAUGAGCUCUUUGCGUCGUCCGCCCCCGACGGCCUGCCGCAAGAUGUGCUCGCGGAGCUGCAGUCCAUCCUCCGUCUGCACGCCAUCUCGCCGCAGGAGCUCUUCUACAAAUGGGAGUCCUACAGUCUGAAGAUGGGGUCUGACGAGACCAAGUUGAAUUUGGACACGGUUCGGGCAUUCAAGCGGGAUGUGCAGGAGUCUCUGGAGCGAGAGAGCAGGGGGAAGAACAGCCACCUGCGCAGCACGGAGAAGAAGGGCGGGGUUACAGCGACGCCGCGCGCGAUGAAUACAGAUGUUUUUGGGAUGUUGGAUGAGUUGACGCCGAAUACGUCUCAUUCCCGGUCUGCGAAUAAGAGCGUCAAUGGCUCCGCAAAACGCAAAUCGACAUUCGAAACACCGUCGGCACCCAAGGUCGGGAGGCCGGAGAAGAGCGGCACUCCUGGAGACUUCAAGACACCUCUCAAGGCGAAUGGAGCGGUUGACGGACCACAACCCGUGCCUUUUUCGGAACGUCAAAACCCUGGCCAAGUCUUGGAGACCCUCAAUGGCCACCUGGCCAUGCCUACAGCGCCGAUGGCUCCGUAUGCCGAAGCACGAAUUCGACCAACCGCCAACACGGAUCUGAAGAAGUUAGGGUAUAAGCCGAUGGCGAUGCGACUCUCAGAGGCGUCGGAGGUGCUGGACGACCGGAUAGAUGAAUUCACCGCCGUAUUUCAGAAACACUACGGGUCAGAGGUGACUUUUGGAAGCGCUGCAACACAGAGCACCAGUGAGAUUGUGGCCGUGGGCCGCAUCGCGUCAGACAGCUUGGAGGGGAAAUUGAACACGGCAUCUCUGGUCCUUGAGACGUCACGUCGAACGGGCGCAGGCUUGAGGGUGCCUCUCAAGGUGGAUUCGUUGCCCUCUGUCCAAUUCUUCCCCGGCCAGAUUGUCGCCCUUCGAGGGAUCAAUGCGUCGGGACAGUACUUCUCCGUCAAGGAGGUCCUUCCAGUGCCACUCCUCCCACCAGCGGCGUCCUCACCAGCUACGAUCGACACGAUCAAUGAGAGGUUAGGAUCCGACCAGCAGCCAUUGAACAUCUUCAUCGCGUCUGGGCCGUAUACGGCGGACGACAAUCUGGAAUUCGAGCCGUUGAACGAGCUGUGUAAGAAGGCUGCGGACGAGUAUGCAGAUGCUCUGAUCUUAAUGGGGCCAUUUGUGGACAUGGAGCAUCCGCUCAUCGCAUCGGGCGACUUUGACUUGCCUGAUGUGCCGGGGAUCGACCCGGACACUGCCAACCUGACGACGCUGUUCCGUCACUGCAUCGCGGCACCGCUUCAGCGGCUGUGCGCCGCCGUACCCAGCAUUACGAUCGUGCUCGUCCCAUCGGUGCGAGACGCCGUGAGCAAGCAUGUCUCGUGGCCGCAGGAGCAGCUGCCGCGGAAAGAGCUCGGGUUACCGAAGCAGGCGCGCAUGGUGUCGAACCCGGUGACCCUGUCUCUGAACGAGACCGUGAUCGGGAUGUUGUCGCACGACGUGUUGUACGAGCUGAGAAAGGAAGAGGCGCUGGGCGGGCGACCCGCAGAAGGCAACCUGCUGACGAGGCUCCCCAAGUACAUCAUCGAGCAGCGACAUUUCUACCCCAUCUUCCCCCCAUCCUCGCGCGAGAGCUUGCCCAGGGCCAGCGGAGCAGACAGCGUCAUGCCGCUAGGCGCCAUGCUAGACGUGAGCUACCUGAAGCUAGGCGAAUGGUGGAACGUACGACCCGACGUGCUGAUCACGCCGAGCAUGCUGCCGCCAUUCGUAAAGGUCGUCGAAAGCGUCCUCGUCAUCAACCCUGGCACGCUCUCCAAGCGCCGCGCCGCAGGCACCUACGCGCAGAUGGCGAUCCACCCGCGGACAAUGACGGCCGAAGAGCGCCAGGAGAAGCAGCUAAGCCAUAAGAUCUAUGAGCGGGCGCGCGUGGAUGUUGCAGUAUCUGGAAACGAUUCCAUGAAAUGGGAAUGA